GAGAGAGAGAGAGAGAGAGAGAGAGAGAGAGAGAGAGAGAGAAGUUUCCUGUGCUCUCUUUUUGUUGGUGUUCGCCUCACACACGAUGGCGCGCCUGCGUCCUCGCUCAGCCCCGCCGCCGCUCCGGGAGCCCCGCCGCCUUUCAUGAGAGUCCACAAGAGUCUCCUCCAUGGCUGAAUUUGGGGCCAAGAAGAAGAGCGACGCGGGCCCACCGGUUGCUGGCUGGAAAGCUGCGUGCGGGGGAGCCGCCGCCGCCGCCUCCUCCGGGGGAGCGAGCAGCGUGGAGACGCACCGGGGAGGAGAGCCCGUGUCGAACGGAAACUGCGGCGCGCCGGACGCCGUCAGGAGGGUCCAGAACGAGUCCGGCUGCGAGUCCCCGACGUGGGAGAACGCGGGGGGCUCGGAUUCUGCUCGCAAAGCCACCAUCCCUCGACGCAGCAGCCUGAUCAAGGAUGGCUCACGAGCCAGUCGGGAGAAAAAGAAGACCGUGUCCUUCAGCAGCAGCCUGUCUGAGAAGAAGAUCAGCAGUGCUGCCGGAUGCAUCCACUCCAUGGUUGAGGGGAGUGAGCUGAAGAAAAUCCGACCCAGCACCCGCGUUUACCAACGUUACUACCUUCUGGAUGCRGGCCUCCAGGCUCUGUACUGGGAACCAUCCAAGAAAGAGUCAGACAAAGCUCGGAUCUCGCUCGACUCGAUACGAGAGGUACGGACAGGUCGUAACACAGAAACCUUCCGCACCAGUGGAGUUUAUGAGCAGAUUUCAGAGGACUGUGCGUUCUCCAUCAUCUAUGGAGAGAUUUAUGAAAGCUUGGACCUGGUGGCUAACUCUGCUGAAGUGGCUAACAUUUGGGUGACUGGGCUGAGGUAUCUUAUGCAGUAUGGAAAACAUGCCAUCGACAUGCUUGCCAACAGCCAGGACAGUCUUCGCCUCCGUUGGCUGGAGCAGUUGUUCUCCUCGGCGGCUGCGUCUGACAGACCCGAGGACAUCGAGGAAGGGAUUCCGUUGCAGUCGGCGGUUAAGCUGGUGCAAAACGUGAGCCCUGGGGUGAGCGCCGUCAAGGUGGAGCACAGGUUUAGAGAGCUGCAGAGAGUCAGGGAGAAGACGGGCGGGCCCGCGGUGGAAAACGCUUCGGGACUGAAAGACCAGAGCCCGAGCAAAAAGCGAACCGUCAGAGACGGGCGCGUCACCAAGAAGGAGUUCAUGGAGGCCUUCCACGACUUCUGCACCCGCCCAGAGAUCUACUUUCUGUUGGUGCAGUUCUCUAGCAACAAAGAGUACCUGGAUGCCAAAGACCUAAUGAGGUUCAUCGAGGCGGAGCAGGGCGUGGCUCAAGUGAGCGAAGAAACAAGCCUGAAGCUCAUCCAGACCCAUGAGCCAUCGGAGGAGGGACAGCAGCUGGGGCGCCUGUCUUUGGAUGGCUUCACCAGCUACCUCACCUCAACCGAGUGCCACCUGUUCGAUCGAGAGCACCGCGACAUCUGCCAGGACAUGUCCCAGCCAUUGUCUCACUACUACAUCAACUCCUCCCACAACACCUACCUCAUUGAGGACCAGUUUCGAGGCCCMGCGGACGUUUCUGGCUACAUUCGUGCUCUUAAGAUGGGUUGCCGAUGCGUGGAGCUGGACAUCUGGGACGGUGCAGAUGGGGAACCCAUAGUGUGCACAGGGCACACCAUUUCCCCGCCACUGGCCUUGCUUUCUGUUUUAGAAGCAAUUGGAAAGUUUGCUUUCGUAGCGUCAGAGUAUCCAUUAAUUCUGUGCAUUGAAAACCACUGUUCACUGCAACAGCAAAAGGUUUUGUUGCAACAACUCACAAGGAUAUUGGGGGAGUGGCUGUAUAGAGAUCUGCCAGAUGAAGGGGCCACGUAUCUGCAAUCACCAGAUGACCUGAGGCACCGAAUACUGCUAAAGGGUAAAAAGCUCGGGUCGGGUUCUGAUGGAGAGGCGGGGGAGGUGAGUGAGGAAGAUGAAGGAGCAGAAAUGUGUCAGAAGGUGAAAGCAGCGAACAGUAGCAGUGGAGCAUCUUGUGGGAUUGAGAAGGAGAUUGUGCAGAUGAGUAUGUGUCUCACAGCUCAGUCUAGUGCUUCUCAUGUUCAUCCCAAACGUUUCCAGCUGUUGAAGGAGCUCUCUGAUUUGGUAACCCUAUGCCAUUCUGUAAACUUCGUAGACUUUAAAACGUCAUCUAAAUCCCAAAAACCUUGGGAAAUGUGUUCCUUUCAUGAGUCGCUGGCUGUGCGUCUUGCAAGUGAAAGCCCYGGUGACUUUGUCAACCACAACAAGCAUUUCCUGUCGCGAGUUUACCCCAACCCCAUGCGCAUCGACUCGAGCAAUAUGAACCCCCAGGACUUGUGGAAGUGCGGCUGUCAGAUUGUGUCAAUGAAUUUUCAAACGGCAGGACUGAUGAUGGACCUGAACACGGCCUGGUUCCGGCAGAAUGGGAACUGUGGUUAUGUUCUGCGUCCGGCCAUUAUGCGUCAGGAAGUGUCUUAUUUCUGCGCUGACACCAAAGACACAGUACCUGGCGUGUCUCCACAGCUGCUGCAUGUAAAGGUAAUCAGUGGUCAGAAUCUGCCCAAGCCCAAAGGCUCAGGGGCCAAAGGGGACGUGGUGGACCCGUAUGUGUAUGUGGAGAUCCAUGGCAUCCCAGCUGACUGCACAGAGCGCCGCACCAGGACUGUGACCCAUAACGGAGACAACCCAGUSUUCGAUGAAAGCUUUGAGUUCCAGAUCAACUUACCUGAGCUAGCUAUGGUUCGCUUUGURGUGCUGGAUGACGACUUCAUUGGAGAUGAAUUCAUAGGUCAGUAUACCAUACCACUGGAGUGUCUCCAACCUGGCUACCGGCAUGUACCCCUCCAGUGUCUCACAGGGGAGGACCUUCCACAUGCCAAGCUGUUUGUCCACGUGGCGCUCACGAAUCGGAGAGGAGGCGGAAAGCCUCACAAAAGAGGCCUUUCAGUGCGGAAGGCUCGGAGGGGGAGAGAGUACACAGCACUGAGGGACAUGGGAAUUCGGUCUGUUGAUGAGGUUUUCAAGAUGGCUGCUCCUUUUUUGAGAGAAGCCACUGAUUUGAGAAGUAACAUGCAGAACUCAGUAGCAGUGUUCAGGGAGCUGUGUGGGGUGUCAGCUGUGGCUAACCUCAUGCAGUGUGUGCUGGCUCUGAGCUCCAGUGUGUCGGGCCCAGAAGGGACGCCUUUACUGCUGUUUGACUUAAAGGACAGCUACCCCACCCUGGAGCCCCAGGGGCCUUUGCCAGACGUCCUUCGUCGAGUCGUCUCAACUUAUGAAACGAUGGUCAGUGCAAGCAGAGCUGUGAUGGAGCUCUCUGACGAAAUCUACGACAAGAUUCUACAUAUUCAGACGAUGGCUAUGGAGUCUCAUGAAAMUUUGCAGAGUCUGGCAAUGAAGGAAGGACUGAAAGGCUCCAAGGUCAGCCGAGCACUCGAGAGCUUCAGCUGGAAUAUCACCAUCCUGAAGGGCCAGGCCGACCUGCUGAAACACGCCAAGGCCGAAGUCAGGGAGAACAUGAAGCAGGUGCACGACGCCGCCCUGACGGGAAACCUCACCAAGGAGGGGGCGGGGUUAAGGAGAGGUCGCUCCCAAACGGGGCGAGGUCAGGACGAGACCGCAAGUGCUUAGAGGCCUCUGCGUCCUAUUAGGGCGGCCAUCAAACAACAAAUAACUCUGUCGAAGUGGCUGUGAUAAAAGCUUUCAUACGCCAUUGAUUUGUUCUCAAACUCUUAAUAUGAAGGGGGCAUCGCAGCAACUCGUCUCUCAGAAGGAUGAAAAACUCAAAGCCUUUACUGCUGAACAUUUCAGCUGCAGGUGCACUGCUGGUAGGAGAUGCAGGAAUUGCAACGCCGAAGAGAUGAAUGUAAUUCGACUCGAAGCCAAGGUUCAGGUGUUUGUACUGUUGUCAGCUGUAAACAAACCAAAUGUUUGUUCUUUACCUCUCGUGUGCAAUUAUUUGUUCUGUUCGUUUUACGUCUAAAGGUGUGUCGUGAUUGCAUCUUUACAAUCAAACAGGCUUGUUAAUCUCAGCURAUAUGUCCUUAAAUUGCAAAAAAAAAUUAAAAAGAAAGAAUAAAAUAAAUGCAAUUUCAACUUUAAAUCAGUUCAGGUUGCAGAAUAUUUUGCCCUUUAAAAAAAAGACUGACAAAUCUUUUGAUCCUGCUCGACGGUUUUUGUUUGUUUGUUUGUUUGUUUGUUUUUGCAGCUUGUUUUUGUGUUAAACACCCUUCGCUCCCACAUUUGCUGCUCUGCAUUCAGUUGCCGUGAGGUUGUCCUCACACCUUCACCCUUUAACGCAAUAUUCUGUAUUUUUGUAUUCCCCUGAAACCCCGCCUCUUGAUAAUGAAACCACUCUUUCCCGCCAUACUGAUCAACUCCAGACGUGUUGAUGUCUGCCUCUGGGAAAAAAAAAUGAUACUGUUACUGCUGAAGGUGUUUACUUUGCGUGCUAAACCCUGUACAGUACUUAAAUAUGUGAUUCUAUCCUUUUGCUGUAAAGAUUUUUUUUUUACAUAAGUUAUUGAUGCUGAAUGGAAAAAGGAAAAACAUUCCAGAUUCUUGUUGUUGCAUUAGAUAUGGGACGAGAAGGAAAUAAAGACCAUUUUCUUUCAAUGAC